AUGGCCAAGGACAUCGAAACCGAGGUCCCAACUGGGUUGACCCACAAGGACUACUACGACCCACCCCCGGCCCCAUUCUACGACGCCGCCGAGCUUCGCAAAUGGUCCUUCUACAGGGCCCUCAUCGCCGAGUUUGUCGCUACCCUCCUCUUCCUCUACGUCACCAUCCUCACCGUCAUAGGGUACAACCACCAGACCAACGGCACCGACUCAUGCGAAGGCGUCGGCAUCCUCGGUAUCGCCUGGGCCUUCGGAGGCAUGAUCUUCGUCCUCGUCUACUGCACCGCCGGCAUUUCUGGGGGUCACAUAAACCCCGCCGUCACGUUCGGGCUGUUCCUGGCCAGGAAGGUGUCGCUGGUGAGAGCAAUCGCGUACAUGGUGGCUCAGUGCUUGGGAGCCAUAUCUGGCGUGGGGCUGGUGAAGGCGUUUCAGUCGAGCUACUACAACAGGUACAAGGGUGGCGUGAACUUGCUCUCCGAUGGGUACAGCAAAGGGACUGGCUUGGGCGCCGAGAUUAUUGGCACCUUUCUUCUUGUCUACACCGUCUUCUCCGCCACCGAUCCCAAGAGAAAAGCCAGAGAUUCCCAUGUUCCCGUUUUGGCCCCACUUCCGAUUGGGUUCGCGGUGUUCAUGGUUCACUUGGCCACCAUCCCCGUAACCGGCACUGGCAUCAACCCCGCUAGAAGCCUUGGCCCUGCUGUCAUAUUCAACAACGAGAAGGCAUGGGAUGACCAGUGGAUCUUUUGGGUAGGACCUUUCAUCGGUGCAGCCAUUGCUGCAUUCUACCACCAAUACGUGUUGAGGGCACAAGCGGGAAAAGCUCUCGGGUCAUUCAGGAGCUCCUCAAACCUGUAA